GUGCCUUUAAAAUUCUCAGCCAUUUAUCUACUCGAUCGUUGCGAAUGAGUUUAGCUACAUCUGAUCAGAUUGAACGAUGGAUAUACCCAUCAGUUAGUGUUUGAGAAAAGCCCAGGACCGUCAAACGACCGUUUUGGAUCCGAUAGCCGCCUGUGACUUGAUCAAAAAGGUCGUUUUAGUUCCUCUUUUAUUUUGCCGCAGUCAGAAAUUAUUCCAGCUCAAGGCCAGCGGUCGCGCGCACUGUUUCUCUGUUCCUACAGCCGUUCACAUCUCUUGUUUAAUGGUAUGCGAAUCAUCGUUUUGAUGCUUCUUUGAUUUUGCAUCGCUUUUAUUUUUUCCUGCUCUACACAGUCGAGUUCAUCCUGGUUUGGUGUCUGAUUUGCAGGCAGAGCUGCAUUUCUAAGGCAGAUUCGGUCUCAAGCUGAUAUAUAAAGCUGUUCCAGUAAUGCAAACACCAGUUUGGCUUAAAGUCAAGUAGAGCAAAGGCUGUGCGAGGCAGAGAAAGGCCAGAGGGAGAAGACAUAUACUGAGUCUUUGUGCCAGGAGUUGUGCUCCCGUCUUACUGCUGGUCACCCGUCGAUUCCUGAUCCCAGCCAUGACCUCUCCGACAGACCCUGAAACAGUGAGUCUACGGCUGAUCCUUGUGAGUGGGAAGACGCAGGAUUUCACUUUCUCUCCAAAUGACUCCGCCACAGACAUUGCCCGGCAUGUUUUUGAGAACUGGCCAGCAGGCUGGGAAGAGGAGAGCGUGAGCAGUCCCAGCAUCCUGAGGCUGAUCUUCCAGGGCCGCUUCCUGCAUGGCAAUGUCACACUAGGAGCUCUGAAGUUGCCCCCUGGCCGAACGACUGUCAUGCACUUGGUUGCCAGAGAGACACUGCCAGAGCCGAACUCCCAUGGCCAGAGGAACAGGGAGAAGACUACAGAGAGCAGCUGCUGUCUACUGCUGUAAAACCCAGACAAACCUUCCCCACGUCCUCCUCGUCCUCCUGCUCCCCGACCCCGUCUCUGCUCGCCAACCCGUGGUGCUUUCUGGAUGAUUACAGAAGAGCUCCGGGGAGACUGCCACUAGGUUUUCGUUCAGUGUUUGCGCUCUGUAUAGUAUCUGGAGGCUGUCGUGCCAAGUUUAUCAAAUCCUUCGUUCGGUUUUUCUCGUUUCGUUUUGGUUGCCAAAAUUACUUGCUUAGUGGCCGUUUGUUUCCAGGCAAAUAUGAAAUACCUGAAUCAUUGAAAGGACGUUAUGUAAACAGUUGUGUGAACAGGUUUUUAGGGGGAUGUUCUGUACUCGAGAGACCUUCUGCUCUCCCAACACCCAAGUGUCAAGAGUUUUCACUUGGAUCACACGCACGUCUGACUCAGACGAAGCUUAAUAUGCGCCAUAAUCUCAGACUUUUGAUUGCACUUAACACGGAUCCUUAUCUGAAGUCACUAUGUGUGUGUUGUAGUCUUAAACCUCCCACCUGCCUCGAACAGAAGGAGCUUACAGACAGAGAGAGAGAGGUGUGAUGACACAAGCUGUGGACCGAGGGAGUCUGCUGUAGUGCUGGUGGAUUGGAUGUGCCAUGGCCACCUACGAUUCUUGCCUUUUUUGUCUUAGGACCAAUGGAGAGUAGAUCUCAAAGUCGCCAGACUCUUCUUACUGACCAGUUGUCAAUAUCUGUGCAUGACCCUAGUCUAGUGUUUCCUCGCUUUUACCAGCCGCCUUUAAAACCCAUUCCCCCCGUGUCUACUUGAAUAGUGUUUUUUAUUUUCCUCGUCUCUGCUGAAGAAGCAUGAGGGAAGGUUGGCGGUUUUGUGCUUGAUGUGAAGUUACACGAACUCUUCUUCUUGCCCAGUCAGGAUGGAUCAUCUGUAUCCUACUCCAUUCUUGUCUAACAUGCAUCCUGAGGGACAAGGCCCAGGUGCAAAGAAUAAGGAGAUCAUUAGAAAGCCUCUGUCUGGAGCGAAGGGCUGGGCUGGUAAAAGCCCCCAUUAUAAGCGCUAUAUGGAUUCAUGGACCCCCCGCUGCACUGCAGCUUUAGAGGUAAAGAUGUGUGCCAGGAAUGGCCACUGCUAAUGGCCUCCAACUGGGCUGAAAGAAAGAAAAAAAUUAAGUGUGUUAUUUCCUAAUGUUUGUAUGCUGUCUGUUUUGUUUGCCUUAUGAUUGUGGGAAAUUAAUAUUAUUAAUAAUGGAGUCAUUUUUAUCUUGUCUGAGUACGGUUGAGUUUUUAUUAGUACACACAUGAUGGCUGACUCAUGUUAAUUGUGUGUGAGUGGAUGAGGCUUUUUCUUUUCUUUUUUUCUUUUUUGAAAGCUAAUACAGUUGUGGAAAGUGUCCACAGAAACCGUCUCCAAUCUUGUUUUGAUUGGCCAAUUACUGCAAGAGUGUUUAUUAUUGUCACCGCUAUGAAAAUGAGCUACAAAUUAUUAAAUGUAAAAAAAUAAAUCCUUAAAUCUUGUAUUAUAAAUUAAUAAAACAUUUCAAAUAAUA